AAAAAAAAAAAAGAAAAAAUGGUGGCGGCGCUACUCUCGGUGACGUUCGUCACGGCGCGGCUCGCCCCCGCCGCCCCUCCUCCUCGCACCGAACCCUACAAGAACCCUAGAAGCCCUAAAAACCCUAAUCAUCUCCACCUCCAACCCCUCUCUCCCUCCUCCUCCUCGUCCUCCUCCGCCGCCUCCGCUUCUUCUUGCGCUCUCCAGUGCCCGCACUUCCAAUCGUGUUCAGGGUGCACGCAUGAGUGGGAUCUGGACCGCCCGCAAGUGCUCGAAGAAGUGAGCAAGUUCUUCAAGGACCGCGGCGUUGCCGACUUCUCCUUUGAUAUUGGUCGAUUGUGGGAGUGGAGAUGUCGCGCAAAGCUUGCUAUACGCGGAACGCCAGAGAUCCCGCUGGUUGGGCUAUAUCAAGAAGGGACACAUAGUGUUGUUGAUAUUCCACAAUGUAGAGCACAUCAUCCAAGCAUCAAUGCUGCAGUCGACCUUCUAAAACAAGGUAUUUCCAAGUUGAAUAUUCAGCCAUUUGAUGAAGAUUUGGGUACCGGUGAAUUGAGAUAUGUCCAGAUGGCUGUGACAACAUAUAACACAUCCCUCCCAGCUGCAGAACGAUACCGAGAAGGUAAAGUGCAAGUUUCCUUGGUUUGGAAUUCAAGAAAUGAACAUGCACAGAAUUCUGAGAAGUUGAAAUCCUUGUCUGAUUUUUUAUGGAGAAACGGUGGACCAAACGGUAACAUCCAUUUGAUUCAUUCUGUAUGGGCCAACUUUCAAACGUCAAGCAGCAAUAUAAUUUUUGGAAACAAAUGGAGACAUCUCAUAGGGGAGAGAGAUUUCUGGGAGCAUAUAGGAGGAAUUGAUGUUUCUCUUGAUCCAUCAAGCUUUGGCCAGGCAAAUACUCAGGCUUUUUGUUCUUUACUAAGGAAAUUGCAGAAGUACGUCCCUCGCCGAUCAUCUGUUGUUGAUCUGUAUUCAGGGGCUGGUGCCAUUGGUUUAUCUGUAGCAGCCACAAGGAAAUGUAGGUCUGUGAAAUGCAUUGAGAUCAACAAAGAGUCGAAAGCGUCUUUUGAGAAGUCAGUGAGCCGUCUGCCCAAAACCGUAGAUUGCAGCAUCAAUUGGCACAAUACCGAUGCUUCAAUUGAACCAGUUCACUGGCUUGAGGGGUCUGAUGUUGUUAUUGUGGAUCCUCCAAGAAAAGGAUUGCAUCCAUCUCUUGUCGAUGCUUUAAGGAAUGUUGCUUUGUCUUAUAGUAAGGCUUCCAAGGCUCCCAAAAGUUCUAUCCUAAAUGAGAAAGAGGAAAAGAGACCCUGGAUUCUACGAGCAAGGGAAGCAGCCAUUCAUGUUGAUGGCAAAACCAACUGGGAAAAUAGUCAAAGUUGGCCGGCAACCCUUAUCUAUAUCAGUUGUGGAUGGGAAAGUUUUAAGGAGGAUUGUAAGAACUUGUUAUCAAAUAAUGCAUGGCAUUUGGAGAAAGCUCAUGCUUUCAACUUUUUCCCUGGCACUCAGAGCAUUGAAGUUCUAGCGGUGUUCAAACGCGGUCCGCGUGUUGCCCAGAAGAAAAAGAAAUCGGGAAAAAAGAAGACAGCCAAGUGAGAGGAUUGGAGAAUUCUAAGCAAGGCAAGUUUACUUGUUUAUUUGUUUUCUCUUUGGCUCGAGAAGGGAGAUAUCCAACUAUUUUCAAUGGUGCAUUUGCUGGAUUUGGCAAGUUUUUUCCUUCAUCAAUACAAAGAAAUCCGAGAGAAGAAGGCAUAUCAGAGUAAGAUUAUUCCAGGAAAGAAUAUUGCGGUUGCAUACUUGUUUCGGCACUGCAACUUCACACGAGCGAGGAGAGGCUAAAUGACAUGGAUUUUACUACCAACUGUAGCAUCUAUGUUGCAGCUGAUGUCUGGGGAACUGCAGUAAAACAACGGAAGAUCAUGUACAUUUUUUUGGUUCUCUCAAUUCUUUUCCGCUAGCUUGCAUGGUAUCUGCGCACAAUGUGUUUUGCUGUAUCUAUUCGAAUUUCGCUAGUGCGAAAAGCAUUUCUUUUUUCUCUUCUCUCUUACACUGUUUAGAAUCAAAUCUGAAUAGAAUUCAACUGAUUUCACUCGUGAAGAGUUUUUAAGUUAAA